UAGAAGCAAUGAGUCAGAAAAGACACAUACAUAAACGGGCCAGGCACAUACAGCGCAUGAACACCGCGGACCGUAUCCAUAACUCACCUGAAGAUACUGCAGAAGCACAUAGGAUCGCUGGUGCCAUCAAAUCAUUUCUGUGAAAAUAGAGGAGAGAGGAGAGGAAGAUCAUCUUUGGGAAACGGGCUGAGUUAACAUGGGAUGGACAAUCUAACGACAACCAAGAUUGUAAAUGCUGGUGCCGGUGGCAAGGUCGUCAAAGAAACAGUAACCACAACAACCCGGUUGACAUCACUGCCGCCAACCUCAGGUGGUCUCUCUUCGAGGAGCGGGCUGCUCUCUACUGGAGGAGGAGAGUCUACCAGUAGAGCCAUCACAGGAGGCAGUAGCUCAGUGCUAGUGUCCUCUGCUGCAGCCGGGUCUGUGGGUGGAGCUAAGUCUGGGUACGGCGGGGGAUCUGUCAGCAAAUCAACCACCAUUACCACUAUAGAGUCCCCCUCUUUAUCCUCCGGUGGUUCAGGGGCCUCUGGCACAGCUUUUCGGUCUUUAGGGGCUUCGGGGGCAUCGUUCGGGGCGAGCAAGACCAGCGGCUCUCUUUCCGUUUCUGGAGGGGGUCUUAUGUCUAGCUCCAGUUCCAGUUUUUUCACUGGUUCCAGUUCUGGUGGUUCUAGUUCCAAAGGAACAGGAGCAGGAGGAGGCGGUUUUGUCACUGGUUCCAGCUCUGGUUUUGUAUCUAGUUCCAAAGGUGCAGGAGCAGGAGUAGGAGGAGACAGUUUUGUCACUGGUUCCAGUUCUGGUUCUAGUUCUGGUUUUGCCUCUAGUUCUGGUGCCGGAAUCGGAGGAGGGGAUUCUUCUAGUGCCAAAAUGUCAGCCGGCGGCUUGGGUUCUGUGACCGUUUCCACGGUUACCAGGUCCAACUACAGCUCCUUGGCGGGGGCGGGUUCAGGGAGCGUGAAGAGGGGUGGGGCACAGGGGUCUACAUCCUCUGGACUCAGCUACUCCCCCACCCCCACGGAGAGAAAGAGCAUGACCAGCACCAUGAUCGCCCGCUCCAUGGGCUACGAAGGAAGAUCCAGUGGAAACUCAUCUCCGGAAUACACAAGGAGAGAAUAUGCUGCAGAAAGUACAGUUGCCAGUAAACCCACCAGAGGGCGGAGCCACAGCAGGGAGAGUGAGAUCAGAUGCAGACUACAGAGUGCCUCUCCCACUGCUAAAAGAUGGACGGAGCUGGAUGAUGUGAAGCGGCUGCUGAAGGGGAGUCGCUCCAGCAGCAUCAGCCCCCCUCGCUCUCCCACCAGCACCCUCCCUAUUCCCAGGAAGGCCAGCGUAGAGACCAGAACCAUGCCAAACAGCUCCCAGUCAGGCCAGUACGACAGUGCCACCCUAGACUCAGGAAUGCCUUCCUACGUGUGGUCAGGCCCCACGGCUGGAGGCUAUGGUUACCACAGCAACACCAUCAACCAGUCCCCCACCUCCACCCUCCAACACUCACCUAUCACACUCACAGCCACAGGGCUUCAGAACAACCUGGCCCUCAGCUCUACAUCCAUGAACUCUGGACUCUCUACCUCUAGCACUGUUCAUGGUAUGCAGAAUAACCUGGCCUCCACCACUGGCGGCAUCCUAACAGCUAAUGGAGUCAACGCACAAACAGUCUAUGGUGUGCAGAAAAAUGUCACAAGCACAGGGGUGUCCACAACCACAGUGGCACCCAGCACUCCUACCAGUGACGAGGUCUUCGCCAAAGAAUACAAAUUCAUGCUGCUGGAGAAAGAGAAAGCUCCCGUCAAAAAGGAGACGGAGAGACUCAUCAUGGCCAAAGAUACCGGCAAGCAGUUCACCUCUGCUACCACUGCUAUUGCCUAUUCCGAGGACUCGCUGAAGAAGGAGAAGAAGAAGGUGUCCAGCUUUGUGGAGACAGCUACAGCCAGAACCACAGAAACUAACGCUGGAUCCUUGACGAAAGUGUCAACAAAAGACAAAGCAACCUAUGCAGAGAUACGUAAGGGCGAGUCUGGAGGAGGUCUGGGCUUCUGGUCUUGCUGCUCCUGGUUGAAGUGGCUGCUGGGCAUCCUGCUGGGUCUUCUGCUCCUCCUGGGGCUCCUCCUGGGACUCAUCGCCCUGGCCGAAGAAGUCAAACGUCUUAAAGCUCGUGUGGACGCCUUGGAACAAGCCUCCAGCUCUUCCUCAGCACAUUCUAGUCGCCUCUCCUCCUCCUCAGCCAUCAACAUCAUAGACCCUCUGGAGUCUGCAUACAUGGACAAGACCUCCUCUCCCUCCUCUACCACACUGCUCCGCACUGAUAAUGGUAUCAAUCUGGGAGUGGCAGCAGGAGCAGGUCCAGGAUCAGGACCCCAAGACCCUGUAGCUCUGCAAAGGACAGUACAGCAGAUAGUCAGGAGUGAGCUGCAGUCCGAUACUGUACGAGCAACACUUGCACACUCAAUGAAAGGAGCGAGAGGAGAGCCUGGGACCAAAGGUGACCAAGGUGGUCCAGGAGUCAAAGGUGAUAACGGAUUCCCUGGCCUACCAGGUCCACCAGGUCAGAUGGGCCACAGUGGACUGGAGGGCCCGAGGGGACCUAAAGGAAAUGCAGGUGAAGCUGGUGCAGAGGGUCCCCCAGGCCAGAAGGGCCGAGAAGGACCCACGGGAUCACGUGGAGAGCCUGGUCCUCCAGGGUUUGGAGAGAAAGGGGACAAAGGUUCUCCUGGUGAACCCGGUGGGCCUGGACCUGCUGGCACUGCUGGGUCUGUUGGGCCUAAAGGGUCAGUGGGUGGUCAGGGUGCUACAGGUAUCCCAGGAACUCCUGGUCCACAGGGUUUCCGAGGUGAAGCAGGCGCUCCAGGACCGAAAGGAGAGAAGGGACCAGCUGGACCUCCAGGAAAUAAGGGGGAGCCAGGAGAGAAAGGACCCCGCGGAACAUCAGGUGACCCAGGUCAAAGAGGACCUCCGGGACCAGACGGAACAAAGGGAUCCAAAGGACCUGCAGGUGCUCCCGGGGCUGACGGUGAAAAAGGCUCUAGAGGUGACAAGGGAUCGGAUGGGUUACCAGGUACCAGGGGACCAGCAGGACCUCCAGGAGAUUCAGGCCUCCCAGGCAUUCCCGGGCUUCAGGGUCCACCAGGUAUACCAGGUAAUCCUGGUCAGCCUGGAGGUAAAGGCGAAGCUGGAGAACCUGGUAGAAUCAUCAAUGCAGCUGGUUCCAGUUCGGUUGCCAUCCCCGGACCUCCAGGCAGCCCCGGACCCACUGGUGUUUCCGGAUCCCCUGGACUCUCAGGUCCUGUUGGCCCUGCUGGUCUUCCUGGGACGCCUGGUCCCAGGGGAGAAAGGGGAGAGGAAGGAGAGAAGGGAGACCAGGGAAAGCCUGGUAUUACUGUACAGACUGUGGAAACCACAGAGAGACGUGCACCUGUGGCUAGUCUUCCUGGCCCACCUGGCCCUCCAGGGCCCCCAGGAGAACCAGGUCCCCAGGGUCUUCUAGGUAAGGGUCCCCCAGGUCCUGAAGGUCCUCAAGGAGUUCCAGGUGUACCAGGUGUUGGUGUGCCCGGCCCCCGAGGAGAUAAGGGAGAGCCAGGUAGCUUCAUGCCAAACUCAGGAACCUUCUUCGCUGGGCCCCCAGGACCUGCUGGCCCGACUGGCCUACCAGGACCCCAGGGUUACCAAGGUGACCCAGGUCAGCCCGGUUUACCAGGAGUUCCAGGAGAUCCCGGUGUCGGUUUCCCUGGACCCCAGGGACAACCUGGAGGUCCAGGACCAGAAGGGAACAGUGGACUUCCAGGGCCCCAAGGUCCAGAGGGCCCCGAGGGGCAACCGGGUCCAAAAGGUGAGGCUGGCGUUCCAGGUGCUCCAGGUAUCCCUGGCUACUCCAGUGGUGGAUCAUCCAGGAGUUCCCCUGGAGCACCAGGUCCACCUGGACCUCCCGGCCGUGAUGGGCCACCUGGGUCUGGGUCUGGAACACCGGACGUCCGCCAAUACAUCACAGAAUACCUCAAGAGCGAUGGUGUCAGGGAGUACAUGUCGGGACCUCCAGGUCCUCCGGGUGUACCGGGGCCCCCUGGUGACGGAUCAGUGCAGUCAGUGGACGAUCUUGCUAGUCGCGUUAUCGCGUACAUCCAGAGUGGAGGUAUUGCUAGUGGGGUGCCUGGACCUCCAGGCCCGCCUGGCGCUCCCGGUGGAGGCAGUACAUCGCUAAAUGACAUCAUCAGCCUUCUACAGAGUGAGGAAGUGCGACGCUACGUCAUCGGUCCUCCUGGCCCUGCUGGCCCUCCUGGCAUCCCAGGGAUCCCAUGGAGAGGAGGCUAUGGCUUUAAUACCCAUGAGGUGGCUGGACGGGUCCUCACUCUAAUGAAUGAUGCUGAAUACAGAGGUGCCUUGGGCGCUCAGGGGCCUCCUGGUCCACCUGGUGUCCCAGGCCCUGCUGGCCCUCAAGGCCCUGCCGGUCCUUCAGGACAGGCCCCCUACAGCAGCUCUGGAUACAGGCUGGAGGAGGUCAAGGACUACAUACAGAGUGGUCUAAGAGGGGGAAUGUUUGGGCCCCCAGGCCCCCCAGGUCCCCCUGGACCUCAGGGACACAAGGGAGAGCAGGGUAACUCUGGGUACGGCCACGCCUUUGACCACAGGACCAGAGAGGGAAGAAGGCUGGCUGAGACUGAGACAGACUUCUCCAAUAUAGCGGUCCGAGUGACUGACUACAUCAAGUACCAUGGUCUGUUGAGGGAUGUGGUUGAGAACCGAUUGGAGAAGGCACAGGUUGUUCAAGGACCCCCAGGACCCCCUGGCCCUCCCGGUGCUCCAGGAUUCAGCCGUGUGUUUGGUUCCCAUAGUAACGUCACUGACCUUAUGGAAUACAUCAGAGCCCAUGGAAACAUUGUGGGACCCCCUGGAAGGCCAGGACAGAAAGGGAACAUAGGACAUACAGGUCACAAAGGCGAGAGAGGAGAAUACACACUUGUGACCAACAGAAGAAAGAGGAAUGUUGGCGUUUGAGAAACAAAUGAUUGAUAAAAUACUCAAAGGUGAAUGAAAGUCCUAUGAAAUAUGUCAUGAGUCAUGAGCAUACGUGUGGGGGCCUAAUGCCUUGGAGACAUUACCGAUGUAAAUAUAUCGUUUUCUAUAGGAGAAACUGUUGAACAGGACAGUGUUCCAUGCGCUGAUUUAUUGUGUUGUGUCAAAGACGUCUUUACGAUCUAUUUUUACGAGUGUUUAAUCUGGAGUAUCUUUCCAAUUCACCUCCUUGCAUGUUGAUAGCAGGAAUAGUUCAACUGUGUUGAAAAAUAGAACAGGGUGUGCCAUUUUUAUUAAAUAGCUUUUGUACUAUUA